AUGUCUGAUUCAAAGAUAAGUGGUGAAGGAGGGAGUGCUAAAAAGCGAAAUCUUCCUUCAUGGAUGAGUUCAAAAGACAAUGAGAAUAAAUCUGCAGAAAAGGACGAAUCUAAACUUCUGGAAGGUGUGGUGUUUGUAUUGUCCGGUUUUGUUAAUCCAGAGCGGGCUACAUUGCGGUCCCAGGCUUUAGAAAUGGGAGCUGAGUAUCGACCAGACUGGACCCCAGAUUGCACUCUCUUGGUCUGUGCUUAUUCAAAUACUCCAAAGUUUCGACAAGUCGAGGCGGAUUGUGGAACCAUUGUUAAGAAGGAAUGGAUAUUAGAGUGUUACAGCCAGAAGAAGCUAGUUGAAAUUGAUAGUUAUCUUCUGCAUGCUGGGAAACCUUGGCGGAAAUCCAAUAUUUCUCACGAAAUAGGCAGUGAGAUUGCUUCCAAUGCAGAUGCAAAGGCAUCCCCACCUAGAAAAUCUCAGAAACAGGUCAAAGGUGGAUUGCAUUCAAAGCCAACUGCCUCUACAUCCUACAAGGGUAGAGCCUCUAAUCCCACUAAAGAGUUCUUCUUUCCUUCUAAAGUGAAGGAUUGGGUUAUUGACGAUUUGAAUAGAACCAUCUCAUGGCUAGAGAGUCAAGAGGAAAAGCCAGAGGCAAGCGAGAUAAAACAAAUAGCUGCUGAAGGGAUCUUAAUUUGUUUACAAGAUGCCAUAGAUUUCCUUGAACAAAAUCAGUCACUGUUACCCACUGUAGAUUUGGUUAUAUUGAACUUUCAUUCUGGAGCCGAGGGAGGUGGGCAGGUCAUUUGUCCAGCUUUGCACAUCAGGACCGAUGUCCGGAAAAUAAUAGAGCAGUGGAAUGUUGUCCCUCACGCAGUUGAGGAGAUUGUAAAGCUUGUAGAUGCCGGAAAUUCUUCAGCUUCUCUUUCAAAGGAAGAUCUUUGCAGGCAGGCCAAGGCAUGUAAAGAAAUGUAUGGAGAAGAACUUAGCAGUAUAGUUGAUUCAAAGAGUAAGGAACAAAGUUCGAAAGCUGAUGAAAGUGGGAGGAAUGGUAAUUGUAGGACCAACGCCGUCACUGGCGAUGCGGCCGAGUGUGACAGUGAUGAAACAAUUGAAAUGACAGAGGAGGAAAUUGACACUGCGUACAAUACUGUUGCCUCUAAAUUUUUACAUGAUAAGUGA